AUGUCAACUUCAGACGAGAAAAGCGCACAAUCGCACAAGACCCAUAAACCAUUCCGUUUACGACCUCGUAGACAGCGAGGGGCAUUAGCUCUACGGGGUGCUACGCGACUCGUAGCGGCUAACAAAUCGGCUACUCACGUUGCGCUGGACUGGACGGCUGCCCCACUAGCACACACAAAUCACACGCUAAACACUGUACACAUGACGGCGGCACUCGCUACGGCGCGGCCACGUGCGCACGGCCGGACGGCGCGAAAGCAACUGACGGCCGACGGGACGUCUUCGGGGAACGUUCCGCGCUACGGGGAGAAUAAUGUUGACAUUAUUCGGCCGCCCGCCCAAAUCGCCGAUGGGCUUCUAAUCAAUUUUGGCGAAUACGACCGCAAAUUUAAUCCGUACAAAUUGUAUAACUCGAUGUCUUCGAGUCUGUCUGACGCACGCAAAACA